AUGGCGAAUAUAGUUUUCUCUGUGCCCACCAUGACAGAUAAAGGCGAGAUUCUUCAGUUUUUAUUUAAAUAUUUUAUAACACAAGAGUCAAUGAGCCGCGCUGCUAAAAUUACUGAAGAGCAGUUCCGUCCAUGCGCUGAGGAAAUAUUGGAUAGCUCGCUAAAAGUUCCAUUUUCGGUCAUUGCUCGGGAAAAAGAAACUAAUGAGUUGGCUGGCAUUUUAUUACAAUCCAUUUGGGAGAAGAGUGAGGAGGAUAUUGAAAAUCAAUAUUCUUUUGGAACACCUAAUCAAUCGCCAAGCGGUUCAAUAGCCUUUGUAUUGAAUCAGCUGCAUAAUUCCUUCUAUAAAUUGGUCCCGGAUGACGUCAGUAGAGUUUUGCACAGAGAGAUGAGUUGUGUUGCUGCCAAGUUUCAAAGACAAGGAAUAGCUAAGCGAAUGGCUCUGUAUCACUUGGAGAAUCCUAAACUAAAUGAAUUCAAAAUACAAGGAAUCGCAUCAGAAACCAGUUCUCAGGCUAAUCAAGCUUUGUUGCAGAAACUUGGAUACAAGACAAUCAAAGAAGUUCAUUUCAAAAAUAUUGUGGAUGCAGAUGGCAAGCCAACCCUUAUCUGUGAUGAUGGAACAGAGAAGGCUGUUCUGAACUAUUUGAAGAUCUGA